GUUAAAUAUGUAUUAGUUACGGAUUUUGAAAUUAGUACCUACCUUAUAACAGGAUGAAGGUUUUAUCACUUUUUAUUGCUAUUAUAAAAUAAAAUGAUUUUAUAACUCCAGAGUCAUUUCAAUAUUAGCUGACUCAGGUUGCCGACACAAAGUAAGGGGGCUCCCACACAUAAAAAAGAGCCUGUUUUUUUUAAUAAAGAGACCUGAGACGCGUUCCUGAUAAUGUUAAUGGUAGUGAUACUGGCACUCGUGCUCCUGGCAUGUGGUCUACUGGCAUUGUCUCCAAGAAACUCAAGUAAAGAUGAACCACCGGUUUUGCCAGGGGGUUUAAUACUAAUUGGACACGCCCAUAUUUUGUUUGGAAAAAAACUGAGAGCGUGGGAGCUUUUUAAAAAAAUGUCACAUGCAAGCCUGAAAGCUGGUGGAGUUAUAUCUACUUUUGUGGGACCCCAGACUUUAUAUUGGGUAACAGACCCAAAUGAUUUUUGGAAAGUCGCGAAUACUUGUUUAGACAAAAGCAAAUUAUACGACUUUGUAAAACCUUAUGUCGGCAAUGGAAUUGGGACGAGUUCAUCAUCAGUAUGGAAAGUGCAUCGAAAACUAAUUAAUGCAGCAUUCAGUCAAGUCGUUCUAGAUGGUUUCCAGGACAUCUUCAACGCACAAUCUCGCCGAUUGGUGCAAGAAUUAGAGGUUGAAAUCGGAAAAGGACCGUUCGACCAUUCACACUGUAUUCAACACAAUGCACUGGAAACUUUAUGCUUAACUCUCGGAGUAGACUUCACAAACAAUAGACAUGUCCUCAGCGAAUACAUAAAUGCAAUAGAAGAUAUAAUGGAUGUAUUCAUGAAAAGGUUCCAGAGAGUCUGGUUGCACAGCGACUUUAUAUACAACUGGACAGAGUUAAAGAGGAAGCAGGACGAGUAUCUUAAGAUUAUGCAUAAUAUGCCAGAUACUAUUGUAAGCCAGAGAAAAGCAUAUUAUUUGAACAAUAGAAAAUGCAAGAAAAUUGAGGAGAAGGCAAAAGGUCCAAUUUUCAAGUCAGUCAUGGAUCUUCUCCUUGAACUAUCGAUAGAGAAAGGGUUUUUAAGUGAAUACGAGAUCAAGGAACAUAUGUAUUCUAUAAUCUUUGCUGGUUAUGAUACGUUGGCUGGUGUGCUGAUGUUUACUAUGUUGUUGGUUGCAUCAUAUGCUAAUGUUCAAGAUGAAAUUUGGAAAGAGUUACACGUGGUUUUCGGUGACGAUGACAGGGACGUCACGAAGCAAGACCUGUCCCAGCUGGUGUACCUGGAGGCUGUGUUGAAGGAAUCAAUGCGCAUAUAUCCCAUAGCACCUUAUGUUAUAAGACAUCUUGAUACAGAUAUCAAGUUGCGAAACUGUACGCUUUCAAAAGGAAGGACGUGUUUACUAUCAAUCUACGGGGUCCAUAGACACCCAAUGUGGGGUCCGGAUGCUGACGAGUUCAAGCCAGAACGUUGGUUAGACCCUGCCACCUUUCGUGAAAGUACUAUCAUCCCCUUUGCUGCCUUUAGUAUGGGAAGGAGGAAUUGCUUAGGUCAACCAUUCGCCUACAUGUCAAUGAAGACGACGUUAGCGCACAUAUUCCGGCACUACAGGCUAACUGGAGAUCACAAGAAGAUGACUCUUAAAAUGAACAUAAUGCUCAAGCCAGUUUCGGGUCACUAUAUUGCAAUUGAGAAGAGAACAAAAUAAAAUAAAUAACCUC